AUGAGACGGAGAAGCGUUUACAAUUUCGAUCAGGGAAAACAUGGCUAUUUAAUGAAUCACAUAUCUUGGCUUAAUUUUGUGAGCUUCAAUUGGAUUACACAACUUUUAAGAUGUCUUAAGAAUGAUGAUUUUGUAUUACCUUGUAUAGAAGAAACAAGUUCCAUAGAACAUUAUAGCACCAACUUAAAUAGGAAUGUUCGAAAUAUCCAAUUAAAGAAAUAUAAUAAAUAUAAUAAUUAUUGUUGUAGUAAAUAUAAUGAUGGUAAUAAAAGUUGUAGAUGUUCUACAAAUAAUCAUAGAAAUAAAUUUAAUGAAACCAAAAAGGAAGAUCAUUUUUUUAAAAGUAGUGAUAUUACAUAUGCAGUUUUGAAAACAUUUAAAUAUUAUUUAAGUUUAAUUAGUUUCUUUCAUAUUGUACAUACUAUAUUUCUAAUAUUCGUUGCUGUGUGUAUUGAGAAAUAUGUCUUGUUAAUAAAAGGCGGUUCAAAUGUUGUAACUCUACCAUUUGGAUUCAAAAAUUCUAAAGUGCUGUUUGGAUUUAUAGUCAUUUCAGUGAUAUUCAUUAGUCAGUUUUUUGAUGCCGUCCUUUGUUAUUAUGAUUUUAGAUUAAGAGUUAAUAUGGAGGUAACCGUUAUGUAUUUUUUAUACAAAAUAACGUUAGGUAAUUUCAACAAUCAAUUGAUUAAUAGAAAUGAUUUGUAUGAUGACCAUAGGGAAGAGGGGAAGGACCAAAAUAAAAAGAAAUAUCAAAAUGAUCAAAAUAAUCAAAGUGACCUGAAUGAUCAAAAUGAUCAAAGUGAUCUGAAUGAUCAAAAUGAUCAAAGUGAUCUGAAUGAUCGAAAUGAUCAAAAUAAUCAAAAUGAUCAAAAUGACCAGAAGGAUUUACGUGAUAUACGUCAUAUGCACGAUAAACAUGUUAAACAUAAUGAUGAAGAAGAAAAUCUCUUUUUACAAAAUGAAGAAAGCAAAGAUUCAACAAACAGUACGAUAUAUAUAAAAAAUAGUAACAACCAAAUGAGCCACAUAAACGAUUUGUCUAUUACAAAUAAUAUAUCAGAUGUAAAUAUUUUAUCGAGCAUAAAAAAGCAAGACCAGAAUAACAGUAAUAAUGUUUCAAGUAUGGAUAGCAACACCAACUACAUGAGCAAAACGACAUGCUUAACUUGUACAGGUUCCGAAUUUAAUAAAGAAGAAAAAGAUGAAAAAAAAGAACUUUUAGAAGAAACCAAAAAAGAAGAUAAAGAAGUAUUCGAUAUUAGUAUAUAUAAUAUAAUGUUUAUUGAUACACCCUUUUUAAUUUAUUUUAUAACAGCAUUAAUAGAAUUGGCAAAUAUGAUAAUAAAAUUUAUAAUGUCUUUUUAUAUGUUUUAUUAUAAAAUGGGUAGUGCGGCUGUAUUAAACGGUGCUUUGUUAAUUAUAAUAAUGUAUGGAUUAAUGUUUGCUUUUGAAUUUUCAUCUAGUUUAUUUAAAUUGAAAUAUUUAAAAUAUCGUGAUACAAGAAUAAGUAAUAUGCAUCAUAUAUUAAAAGAAUUCAAACUAAUGAAAAUAUUUAAUUGGGAAUCUAUAGCUUUUGAUUAUGUAAAUAUGUUUCGAAUAAAAGAAAUGAAAAUAUGUAAAAUCAGAACAUAUUUAAGUUCUUUAAGUAAUUAUGUUAAUAAUAUAUCUGUAAAUAUUGUAGAAGUUGCUAUUUUCUUUUUUUACAUAAGAAGUGAAUUAAAGAGUAAUAAAACCGUCAGCUUCAGUUCUUUAAUUACACCUCUUUUUGUUUAUAAAUCCUUAAUCUCUGGUGUAUCGAAUUUUCCAAAUAUAAUAAAUAAUUUAAUAGAAGGUGCUAUAAAUAUUAAGCGUAUUAAUAGAUAUAUAAAUUAUUAUUUGUUUAACAAUGACAUGAAUGAUUAUUUUAAGCAUUCAUUGAAGGGUAUGAAAAGGAAUACAUGUAACGUUCAAAAUGGUAAUAUGGAUAAUAUGAACAAUGUGAAGAAUGUGAAGAACGUGAACAAUGUGAACAAUGUGAAAAAUAUGGAUGAUUUUAUGGAUGAUUUUAUGGAUGAUUUUAUGGAUGAUUUUAUCGAUAAUUAUAUGGAUAAUUAUAUGGAUAAUAGGAUGGAGUACAAUAUAAAUAUCAAUAGUAAAAAUGUUUGUUCAUCGAAAGGAGAAAAGAACAAGAAAGCAUUUUCAAGAGAUGAUUUUUUAAAUCAUGAACAAGGGACGAUGCAAAGUUUUUACAAAUUUUUGGAUACACACAAAAAUAAAAAGAAUAUAAACGAAAAAGAUGAUAUCUCAAAUAGAAUAAAUAAAAAGGAUUGUGUAAAAAAAUGUAGUAAUAAAUUAUCCAAGAGUAACAAUAAUAAUGCUGUAGGUAAAAAUAAUAAUUCAUUAUUUGAAGAGAGAAAAGGGUGGUAUCCAAAAAAUAAACAUUUUAAGGAUAAUAUAGUGAUGAACAUGAAGAAUUGUUAUUUUUCAUCCAAAAAUAAUGAUGAUUAUAUAUUAAAAAAUAUAAACUUAACAUUAAAAAAUAAUAGUGUAAUUAUUAUACUUGGAAAUGUGGGUUCAGGAAAAACCAUUUUCUUUUAUUCAUUAUUAGGUCAAUUUAAAUUAUCAUGUGGUAACUUUUAUUUAAAAAAUUAUAUAUAUAAUUAUAUGCCUAUAUUAUAUGUACCACAAUUUAAUUGGAUAUCCUUAGGUACAAUCAGAUCUAUGAUAUUGUUCGGAAAUAAAUAUGAUGAAUCUAUUUAUUAUGAUGUGAUUUUAAAAAGUGAAUUAUUUCAUGAUAUAAUAUCCUUUAAGAAAAAAGACAUGAGAUAUAUAAGUGAUGAACAUAGUUUGAGUAAAGGACAAAAAGCUAGGAUAUGUUUAGCUAGAGCAUUGUAUCAUCAUUAUAUACAUAUGAAACAUAUGAAUUUAUAUUAUGAGAAAAAUGAAUUCAUAAAUGAAAAAAUGAAGAAGAUAUCUUUAAAAAGUAAUGAUAAUCAUACUGCACAGAGGUGUAAUGAUAACACAUUAUAUAAUAAUAACACAUCGCAUAAUAAUAACACAAUACAUAAUAAUAACACAAUACAUAAUAAUAACACAUUACAUAAUAAUAACACAUUAUGUAAUAAUAACACAAUACAUAAUAAUAACACAUUACAUAAUAAUAACACAUCGCAUAAUAAUAACACAUUACAUAAUAAUAACACAUUAUGUAAUAAUAACACAUCGCAUAAUAAAAACAGUUGUAGUAAAAACCUUACAGAAGAAAGGAAUAUAUCUUAUCUUUAUCUUUUUGAUGAUUUGUUCACCUCUCUAGAUCCUUGUAUAUCCAAAGAUAUUUUUUAUAAUUUAUUUUGUGAUAAAGAAAAGAUACAACAUUUUAAAAAAAACAGUUCUUUUAUUUUAUCCAUAAGUGAAAUAAUAUUAAAUAGUUUUAUUUCAAGUAAUUGUAUUCUUAACAACAUGCAAUAUGAUGUGUUAAUAUAUAAAUUAGAAAACAGUACGUUACAUUAUGAGGGCAAUUUAGUAGAGUAUAUAAAAAAAAACAAUAUAGUGGUAAAAGAAGAUGUCGUUCAAACGAAUAAACAGUGUGAAAAAAAAAGUUUAACAAAUGAACAAAUCAAAUCGAUGUUAAGUCUUAAUGAAGAUUGGAACUAUAUGCAUCGUGUAAAAAAAAAAAGUAUCACUCAAAAAGAAACUACCCAAAAUAAUGAUAAUAUUAAUGAUAAUAUUAAUGAUAAUAUUAAUGAUAAUGUUAAUGUUAGUAAGGAAAUACUCUCAUGUGAAAUAAAGACAAAAGAUCAUUAUAAUAAUAUUCAUUGUAGUAAAAACAGUCUUGAAAAACAUAAUAACAGUAUUUAUAAUAACAAAGAAAAUGAGCCCAGAAAAAUACUCAGCGGAGAUAUAAAAUACCAUAAAUUUAUGGUUCUUAAACAAUUCAAAACAAUCUAUUCCUUUAAAACCAUUUAUUCGUUCAAUACAGAAGAAACUAAUGAUGAUGAUUUUAACAAGAACUAUUAUAGAAAAUUUACGAAGGUUAUUCAGAAUUAUAACAAUCAAUGUGUAGAAGAAAAAAAGAAAAGCUUUAGAAAUUAUAAAAGCAUUAAUAGUUAUAAUGAAAUAUUAAUUAAAGACAAUAAGAAAGUUUGGGAAGAUACAUAUUAUGAAAAUGAUUAUAUAGAUGAAUAUGAAAAAAUAAAAAAAAAUGUUUUAUCUAAAUUAAAAUAUAAUUAUUAUAUAUCUUGUGAUUAUAAUAACAGUGAAAAUUUUGAUUUUAAUGAAGAAUUAAAAUUUAAAGGAAAUAUUAAGUUAGAAACAUUUUGGUGGUAUUUAAAAAAAAUUGGAAGACCUCUUAUAAUUGUUAUUAUUAUAUUUAUGUUAAUUUCUAUAUUUACAGAUGAAAUAAAAAAUUUAAUAUUAUUUUUAGCUAGUACUAUAUUAAAGAGUGGUGAUAAGAAAGAUGAAGAAAUUUUAAAUCAACAAUUAGUUUAUUUAAAUUAUUUUAUUUUAUUACCAUCAAUAUCUUUAUUAACAACAUUAAUCUCUUUUAUGUUAAUAGCACAUGGUAUUGUUAAAUCAGCUAUUAAAGUACAUACAGAAGUAUUGCUUAGUAUAUUAUAUGCUCCUAUACAUGUAUUUUAUAGUAAUAAUCUAGGAAAUAUAAUUAAUAAAUUUAUAACAGAUGUAAAUAUAUUAGAUAAUGGAAUUAUUAAAAGAAUUUAUAAAACUUUUUAUACACUCUUUCGCUUUUUAUUUACACUCUUUUUAUUAAUAUAUAUGGUAAAAUAUACUAUUGUUAUAUUUCCAUUUAUUAUGUUAAUUAUAUAUUUUUUUGUAUUUAAUAAAUAUUCUAAAGGAUGUAAAGAAGCACAAAGAGGAUUUUUAGCAUCACAUGCACCCUUAUGUACAAUAUACAGUAAUACUAUUAUAGGAAAGGAUGUAAUCAAUUUAUAUAAAAAAAAUAAUUAUUUCUUAACAUUAUAUAAACAAAAAAUAUUUGAUUUUAGAAAUUAUACUAUAUUUAAAUGGUCAAUAACUAUAUGGGCAUCUUUAUAUGUACAAUUAAUUGUUCUAGCACUAACCUUCUUUUAUAUCAUAUAUCCACAUUUCUUUUUUAAACACGCAAAACAAAACCAUGAAAUCAACUAUGAAAAAGAAGCUAGUACGAUAGGUUAUUGUAUUACCUUUUCAUGUAGCCUUGGUUUUGUUGUAAAAAGCUUAUUGUAUGACUACACACAUGUAGAAAAGGAAAUGUGUAGCACACAAAGAUUAGAAGAAUGCUCCAAGAUGAUUAAAGACGAAGGUUAUUCUGAUGAUAAUAUAACUUCUCAAAAUAAUAUACAUAACCAUGAAGAUAAUAAUAAUAAUAAUAAUAAUAAUAAUCAGCAGGAUUCAAAUUUAUUUAUAUCUGUGCCUGGUUCGUGUUAUACUAAUGAAAAAGAAAAUAGGAGAAAAUACAAAACAGAACUUGUUAAUAAUACAAAAGAUAUGUAUUCUAUAAAUAAUGAUGAUUUGUUACAUAAUGGAGACAUGUUAACACAUCCAAUUAAUAAUCAGAAUAAUAAAUUAAAAAAAUUACAUACCAGUCCUCAUAUAGAUAAUAAUAAAAUAAAAUAUGGUAUAUGUUUCGAAAGAGUAUUUGUUAGCUAUAAAAAGAAAAUUUGUGUUGAUAGAAAAAAUAAUAAAUAUGAAUAUGUAAAUGAAAAAUCAUGCUUAAAAAAUAUAAAUAUAUAUGCUUUAAAAAAUCAAAAAAUUGGUAUCGUAGGAAAAUCAGGAGCAGGCAAAAGUACUAUGAUACUAUCUAUUCUAGGUUUAAUAGGUACUACUAGAGGAAGAAUUACUAUUGAAGGACAAGAUAUUAAAACCUUAACUUUAGAUGAAAGAAAAAAUAUGAUUGGUGUAUUACCACAAUCGUCUUUUGUUUUCUUUCAUUGGAAUAUUAGAACAUUUAUAGAUCCAUAUAAAGAUUUUACAGAUGAUGAAAUUGUUCAUGCUUUCAAAUUAAUAGGAAUUAAUUUAAGUUAUGAUGAUUUAGAUAAAUAUAUUUAUAAACAACAACAACAAAAAAAAAAAAAAAAAAAUACACAUAACCUAUGGAAAAAAAAAAGUUUUAUUGAUUUAACGAACUCUAUUUCUUUAUCAGAUGAAUGUAUUAGAUAUUUAUCAUUAGUACGUCUUUUCUUAAAUAGACAUAAAUAUAAACUCAUUUUAAUCGAUGAAAUACCUGUCCUUAAUUUCUGUUAUAAUACCAAAAAAUUAAACAACUUCUUUACAACAGAUAUUAAAUCUUUUGAUUAUAUUAUUAGAACAUUCUUUCAAAAUACUACUGUACUAAUUAUUGCUCAUGAUGCCAGUACACUCUCCUGUUGUGAUUUUAUUUACGUUAUCGCGAAGGGAGAAGUAGUCUACAAAUGUAGUUAUAAAGAUGUUAAAACGCAAACCGAAUUAGCUAACUUGCUUCAAGAAAAACAAUUAAAUUGA